CAUGGUUACGGCGUGACUGGAACGCAGGGGGCGGGCUCAUAUCCGCGAGGCGCCCGCUCCCCUGACGUCGGGCCCCAGCCCGGGCGGGGCAGGGGGCGGGGCCCCAACAUGUCCCAGGUCCCCCCAUCCUUGUGGGGGCUGGUGGAGGAGCAUGUUCAGCCCCCUGAGCUGGCCGAGGUGAAGAGGAUCCUGGGUGAAGCCGCUGUGGACCUGAGCCUGGAGCUUCGAGCUGAGGUGGAGAUCCUGGAAGCCCUCCUAGAGGAGGAGCGAAAGGCGGUCCACGGUCCUGGCCCCGCCCCCCGACCAACCCCCUUCUCGCUUCUGGCCCCGCCCCCGCCGAUGCGGGACCUGGUGCGGAGGGAGCUGAGGCAGCUGCUGUGUGGUCUUCACCACAAGGCGGCGCUGGAGGGCAGGGACACGGCCAAGGCAUGGGCUCGCUACAACCCCAAAGUGCUUCGCUUUGCCCUUGGAGACCCCAGGGACAGUAUAGAGGACAAGCAGGAGGACAGGCUGCCGGGAUCCCCCGACCUCAGAAGCAGCCAGGACCUCAGUGCAAUCAAGGAUUGCCUCAACGUGACCAACAUUGACCAGGUCAUCCAGCGCCUUCGGACCCUCCUGAAGGAGGAAUGCCAUGCUCUGGAGAGAGAGAUCCAAGCCCUGCAGUGCCGCCUGGAGGACGUGCACAGCUCGGCAGCAGAAUCCUCUCUGAUGAUGCUGGAGCCCACCCUGGCAGAACUCAAAGAGCAGAAGAAGGCCAUGGAGCAGGAGCUGCUGGGGCCCCCAACACCCCUGGGCCCUUGUCACAGCUUGCAGGGGAACAAGAGCCAAGAUGCUGGCUGGCAAGGGCUGGGCAGGAGGAGGAUGCUCCCCUGCAAGGGCCAGGACCUGCCCCUUCCUGGGCGGCAGCUGCAGGAGUCCCAGAGCCGCCGCCUGCUGCCAGCCCUUCCUCCCACUUCACACUCCCCUGUGCCUCCUCAGCCCCGGGCCUCGGGCACCUCCUACCACCACAGCCGCUGGGGCCGCCGCCUCCAGUGCCGUCCCCACGACGGGCCAUUGACCAGUGCAGGGCCUCACGCGGGGACCCCCUCCUGAGGCCAUGGCCUAGGAGCCGGGAGCCAGGCUGGGGA